AUGGCGAGAAAAAGAAUAAUAAGAAAACAACCUCUUUUGGAGAAGAUCCGCUCGUAUCCAUUAGAUUUGCUUCUCUCCAUCCAUGAGCAGCGACUUUCCAUUGAUUGGGAUGACCACGUGCCAAAGUGUUUACCCGUGGGAUCUGCCUUGACAUUCAUUUUCCUUCUUUUGUGUAAAGCCAGGGAAUACUACAUCUCUGUCAAGGAUAAAAGAGAUAACCAGUUGUUUAGCUCCGACUACUCUACAUAUCAGCAAGUCGUCUCGCGGGCUGUAAACGGAAACGGGAUCCAUACAGCCCCCGUUGCAGUUCCAAAGUUUCAAAACGAAUCUCUCGCACAGACGCUUCUCUGGAUAGUCAAUGGUGCUAUGAUCAUUCUAUUCAUAAUCUCUGCUCUUAAUUCUGCGAAUGUCUACCUACUCCCUUACAGAAACUAC